AUUCUCAUUGUUGUUGACAUUUUGUGCUUCCCAUUUUUCACACCAGCGUCCUUUUAUUUUAUUUAUAUAAAAAAAAAAAACAUAAAGCAGCCACUGUCAUUGCAUUUACCAAAAGUUUUGCAGAAGCAGUGGGAAUCAAUGAAAUGAUUAGAGGAUCUAAUUUUCGCUGGCAUUGCUCCGUGUUUCCUUCUUCUUUCCUGAAACACUAUUGUUAGAACCCAGGAAAAAUGGAUUUCAUUUUUCGUCUUCUUACUCUCUCUGUUCCAUUUGAAAGUGUGAACUUUUUUCUUCUCCCCCAAUCCCAUCCCACCCUUUUUCUUUUUUGGCUGUAAUCAACAUAUUAAUUGGAUUCCUGUUGAUGACUUUAAGCUCAAGAAGAAGUUUGGAGAUGAUUUGAGCAAUCAAAAUUUGAUUACAAGAAAUUAAAUUUUCUAAAUUUAAUUUCCUCAUUUCUUGUGCCUCUUUCUACUCAUCCAUUAAUUUCUUCUUGAGGUGUUGAUUUGCAGUUGUUUUUGUUGUUGGGUUCAGACCAAAAUGAUGAGAUCCCCAGGACACCCAAACUAUGAGAGGGGCAACUCUGCUGCCUAUGUAUUUGAUCCCCAGGUCAACUUCUCACGGGUCUUGGAAGAAGCCAGAAAACAUGCGAGGGAAGGGAAUGCCGAAGUCUCAUCACCAUAUCAGGAUAAGCCCACAGAGAAAAACAUGAACAAAGUGAACAAAAAUAGCAAGAAAUCAUGGAAAAAUUCCCUGUUUUCAUGGUGGAAAGUUGAGAAAAAGAGCAGGCCUGAUAUGGAGCCGGCAAGGGGUUUGUAUGCUCCGAAACUAAGACGGGGUUAUGCCUCCGGUCCAAUAUUUGGGAGUAGAGAGAACGUGGAGCGCAGGCCUUGGUGCCCAUCAUCUGGAUUCCGGUUCAACCCAGGAAAGAGGGAGCAGCAGAAUGCAAUACCUUAUAUGCAUCUUGACCAGCUUGAUCCUCAUGCUGCUCGGACCUAUGGACCUCUUUACUUGGUAACAUAGUCAUUCUGGCAUACACCAAAAAGCCCAUCAAUGGAAAAUGGACAAUGGACUUGUUUACCUGGAUCGAUUAAUCAAGGUUAUAGCUUUAUAACUCCAAUGUAUUUUGCAGCCAUGCAUUUAUUUUUUCAAUUGAGUUCCAAAGCAUUGGCGAAAGUGUGAAACUCGGAUAGAAGUAUGAGUUGAACCUUAAGAUAUGUUUGUUUUCUUAGCAGUUGAAAUCAGGAAGUAGGAGGAAGAGCAAUGGAGAAAACAUAGAAUCCAUUGAGCAAACAAGUAUUGUAAACUCAUUGUCAUAAGGGUUCUCAUUGUCUAACAGUUUCCUUUACCUUGCAAAUUUUAAAAAUGCAUCUU